AUGGCCGAAGCCGCCCCCCAGGGUGAGAAGCGAGCCUGUUCUCUGCCUUCGUCCUACAAGUGGACCUCUUCGGGUCCUCUCGCUUCCCCCGCCAACGGCUGGUCUAACCUCAAGGACUUCACCCACGUUCCUUACAACGGACAGCAUCUGGUUUAUGCUUCCUACUAUGGCAACGGCAAGUACGGUUCGAUGGGCUUCGCUCCCUUCUCUAGCUGGUCCAACAUGGCCUCAGCCACUCAAACCGGUAUGAGCAGCGCUGCCGUUGCACCUACCAUCUUCUACUUUGCUCCCAAGUCCGUCUGGAUCCUCGCUUCGCAGUGGGGUGCCAGCAAGUUCACCUACAGGACCAGCAGCAACCCUUCCAACCCUAACGGCUGGUCCUCGCCCCAACAGCUCUUCAACGGUGACGUCUCUGGCUCCAACACCGGUCCCAUCGACCAGACGCUCAUCGGUGACAGCUCGAACAUGCACCUCUUCUUCGCCGGUGACAACGGCAAGAUCUAUCACUCCAAGAUGGCCAUCGGCAGCUUCCCCGGAAGCUUUGGCACCGCAUCCCAGGUCGUCCUCAGCGACACUCCUCAGAAGAUCUUUGAGGCCGUUCAGGUUUACAAGGUCUCUGGUCAGAACCAGUACCUCAUGAUUGUCGAGGCUCAGGGCAACAACGGCCGAUACUUCCGCUCGUUCACCUCGAGCAGCCUCGAUGGCCCUUGGUCCGUCCAGGCUGGCUCUGAAAGCGCUCCCUUUGCCGGCAAGGCCAACAGCGGUGCCUCGUGGACCAACGACAUCAGCCACGGUGACAUUAUCCGAUCCAGCCCAGACCAGACGAUGACCAUCGACCCUUGCAACCUGCAGAUGCUCUACCAGGGCCGAAACCCCAGUGCUUCGUCCAGCAACUACGAUGCCCUCCCUUACCGUCCCGGUCUCCUCACCCUUGCUUAA